GGCUUUCCACAAAAAUGCCUGUUCCGAUGAGGGACUCCGAGGGUUGGCGCCUGCGCAAGGUCGGCGCUAGCCUCUACGGGACGGGCUGGGGAGGAAGAGGCUGGGUGGUAAACAGGAAGUGGGCGCUCCGAGCUCGGGGGCGGUGCUCAGGAAACAUCUGGAGAAAAUGACACAUUGGUUUCAUAGGAACCCAUUAAAAGCCACAGCUCCUGUCGCUUUUAACUACUAUGGUGUAGCUGCUGGCCCUCCUGCUUCAAAAAUAUGCAGUGACUUGAGAUCGUCCAGAGCACGACUGCUUGAACUCUUCACUGAUUUGAGCUGUAAUCCAGAAAUGAUGAAGAACGCAGCAGAUUCCUAUUUUUCACUUUUACAAGGUUUCAUAAAUUCCUUGGAUGAAUCUACCCAAGAAAGCAAGUUACGAUAUAUUCAAAAUUUCAAGUGGACUGAUACAUUACAAGGACAGGUUCCAAGUGCCCAACAGGAUGCUGUUUUUGAAUUAAUUUCCAUGGGAUUUAAUGUAGCUUUAUGGUAUACCAAAUAUGCUUCAAGACUGGCUGGAAAAGAAAACAUAACAGAAGAUGAAGCAAAAGAAGUCCAUCGAAGCCUAAAAAUUGCAGCGGGGAUUUUUAAACAUUUAAAGGAAAGUCAUAUCCCAAAGCUCAUUACACCUGUAGAGAAGGGGAGGGAUUUAGAGGCACGGCUCCUGGAAGCUUAUGUUGUCCAGUGUCAGGCAGAAGCUCAAGAAGUAACAAUCGCUCGAGCAAUUGAACUGAAACACGCACCCGGCCUAAUUGCUGCACUGGCAUAUGAGACAGCCAACUUCUAUCAAAAAGCGGAUCAUGCUUUAUCCAGUUUGGAGCCUGCAUACUCUGCUAAAUGGAGAAAAUAUCUUCACUUGAAAAUGUGUUUCUACACGGCUUAUGCUUACUGUUAUCAUGGUCAGACUUUGUUGGCUAGUGAUAAAUGUGGCGAAGCAAUCCGGUCUCUCCAAGAAGCAGAAAAAUUUUAUGCAAAGGCAGAAGUACUGUGCAAAGAAUAUGGAGAAACCAAGGGACCUGGGCCAACGGUCAGACCCUCAGGACACUUGUUCUUUCGGAAGCUCGGAAAUCUUGUGACAAACACCCUAGAGAAGUGUCAGAGAGAGAAUGGGUUCAUUUACUUUCAAAAAAUUCCAACAGAAGCCCCACAGCUGGAACUCAAAGCAAAUUACGGUCUCGUAGAGCCUGUACCUUUUGAAUUCCCUCCGACAAGUGCACAAUGGACACCGGAAACGCUGGCCUCGUUUGAUCUCACCAAAAGACCCAAGGAUGACAGUACCAAACCCAAAGCAGAAGAAGCAGUGAAGCCUGUCAGAGAACCAGAUACCAGACCUCAGAAGGACACGGGAUGUUCCAUCUCCUAAAAUACACUGAUAAAAUGUGCACUUCGAAUUUCUCUACUAGUAGAUAAGAUAAGCCCUGGGACUUCAGUUCGUAUUUCUUAAAAGGUUUUCUCUGAAGCCCAUAGAAUGAUUUAGUACAUUCGGAGGGAAUCUGCCUUCAGUUUAUUUGUUCUUGAUUUUUAAUAUAGUAGAAAUGUUUCAUGCUUUGUUUCCAAACCCUUUUUAAUCAGGACAACAUGUAAAAGAUUUUACUGUGCCCCUGAAGGGCGUAUUUGGGGGUUGGGUUUUUUUUUUCUUCAAAGUCUGGGUUGUAGUAAGUUUCAGGUUAAUAUAGGCCAGAAUCACGUGGCGUCAGGUAUGUCUUUCUAUCUUCACACACAAAAAGUUUUAUUUUCCUUCCUCUUACCUGAUACCAGAAGAAUGACAGGAGUUGGUUUUUAACAGUUUUCUUCCUCUUUCCAUUAUGUUGUCACACAGACUUGUGUUCUCUUCACAUCCCUUACAUUUGUAAGAAGCUAUAAUUUGUUCCAAAAAAUCAGUGUUUAUAGGUAUUUUGAGACCAUUUAAGAACUUCUGUUCUGGUAGCCCUGCACUUUAUUUCAGCUUCAAUAAACCUACAGUGAUUUUUACAAGUACUUUUUCUAAUGGGUUUUUUACUUUGAGGACAGAACUUUGUGACAGCUCUUCAUGUUCCCAUGUGAGAGAACACAAUGAAACGUUUUUGCAGAAGUCAGGUAUUUCACGAUGUAAAGAAAAAACAUCAACCCUAAGUGAGAUAGGUUGUCCUGAAUUACACUGCUAACUCUACUUUUUGGUCACAGAAGUUAUGGUAAGAUGCCUUCGUUACUGAUUUCCGUGUGCGUUAUUUCUAUAUGGUCUUCUAAUUUACACAUCCUAUCAGAAUCGUAUUGCUUUAGGCCAAAGGCCAUAGCAAAAACAAGAGCAAACAUAUAGUAUGAACUUAAAAUCAGCUUGUAAUAUUUGAAACAGUUUAGCGUGUACACAGACUUGGGAAAUAGUGGAUGCAUGCUGCUUUAACAAAAGUCACACGUCUGUAGUAUUAUCUUUUUUGAUUAUUCUUCUGGGGCGUUAGCUAAUUUUCCUAUUACAAAUGACAGAUUGGUUCACUUAAUAGAAAUAGUGUAUAUUGAGAGCUUACUACGUGCCCGGCACUCUGCUCAACGCUUACGUAGGUAAACCAUUGACUCCACGUGGUAGCCCUGUGACAGACAAGUGAAAUCUGCAUAAGGUGUUGAAAUAGGAGUAAACAUUUCAUGGUGAAGAAUAAAGAGAUUAUUCCUACCUGAAUCAGUAUCGUGUGCAAAGAAUUACUUAAGUCGUCGUUUUCACUCUUGAAAACUACAAAGAAUCAGUGAGAGUUUUUUUUAAUAUACGGAAAUGCUAAUAACUACUGUAUAGCAUUUAAUAUUUGAAACUGCAGUUUCUAGAAUAAGUGGAGUAAUUACUGGACUUUUACCUUUAUUUUGCUGUCUACAGAAACAUACUUCAAUGAAAUUUCACUGUAUAUUACGUGACACUACAAAAUCACUCGUCUGUUUGCUGUUUGCCAUUUAUGGACAAAACUUUAAACUUGUGCCGGCUUGUUCUUCUUGGCCUCGUAGGACCUAUUUAUCUUGGGUACUAGUACUCACUAACCUAGUUGCUAAAUUUUCACGUUGACACUUGGGGGUUAUACUACCAUAUAUGGAAUGAAAACAUGUCAUAUGUUUAGUGCUUUUGUAAAAUGCAGGAAAUACUGGUAUUACUUUAAAUCAAUAAUUGGCAACUUCGACAUGAGCAAGUAAGAAAUAUUGUGUUGACUGAGCAAAAGUGACGCUUUGUGACUAAAAUACCCCAUUAUAUAUCUUCUUUGAAGUGGCGUUGGAAAUUUGGGAAGGUGACACACGUCAAGCAGCUGCAUGAAGGUUGUAGAGGGUGUAACUUUGUGUUAAGUGUUGCGUAUAUUUUCGUCCUUCGUUUAAACUGGAUAAUGACCGCCAACAAGUGUUGUUUGUAUAAUGCGUUAUCUUUUUAUUUAUGAAAAUAAAAGUAAUUUUACUUAUAA